AUGAAGGGCCGACGCCAGCGCGCCCAGACGCGAUCUGUGUACAGCAUGCUACCUGCUAGCAUCCGGCGGACGCUGGCAGGUGUAUCACUUGGCAUCUCCAUUGGCGUCGCAGGGACUUUGAUACUGCUAAGAGUUGAAGAGGAAACCGAGAAACCAAGUCGACGCGUCCCAAUUCCGACCGAUCGCAAGCCAUUCGAUCCUAAAACGCUACCCAAGCAUGAAGCACUUCGCUACGGAAUGCCCUCCGACUCGAAUGUGCAUGUGCGGUCGGGAUACGUCGUGUCGUACGACUAUCGCACGCGUAAUGCGUCGUGGGUGAUGGAAUACUUGACGAAAGACUCGCUGCGAGUUGAGCAAGAGACGGAUCGAGCGAAUUCCAAGUUUGUUGUCGAUAAAGAUGUUCCAGAACAGUUUAGGGUGCACCCGAAUCGGUAUCUUAAGAGCGGCUAUGACAAGGGCCACCUCGCUCCAGCUCGUAAGUAA